AUGGCCACCACCAAGACGUCGGCUAAGCGCCUUCUGAUUGCGAACCGCGGCGAAAUUGCGAACCGGAUCCUAAAAACAGCACGAUCCCUAAAAUACUGCAUAAUUUCAAUUUACAUGCCCAGCGAUGCUUCCAGCCCUCAUGUAACGGAUGCCGACGUCUCCAUCCCGGUGUCUUCUUACACCGAUAUUGACGAGAUUAUUGCCAUCAUUAGACGCCAGGCUGUAGAUUUCGUUAUUCCAGGAUACGGCUUCCUAUCCGAAAAUGCAAAUUUUGCAGCUGCAGUCGAGGGUGCUGGGGCUGUCUUUGUCGGGCCUGAUCCUGAACACAUUGUCACGUUUGGCAUCAAAGACCGCGCGAGGGACUUGGCCGCAGGCGUCGGCGUCCCUGUGUGCCCUGGUUCUGGAAUCAUUCAGAGCGCAGACGAAGCUGUAUCGGAAGCUUCCAAGAUUGGAUAUCCUAUUAUGCUCAAAGCCACGGCCGGCGGAGGCGGAAUGGGUUUGAAGAUAUGCGAAAACGAAAGUCAAGUUCUCUCAUCCUUUGCCAGCGUAGUAAGUCGAGGGGCCGCUCUGUUCUCCAACCCGGGCGUGUUUCUGGAACGCUACUAUCCCGUGUCUCGCCACAUCGAGAUCCAAAUCUUUGGAGACGGUCGUGGAGACUGCGUCAUCUUUGGCGAGCGCGAGUGUUCCAUUCAGCGACGGCAUCAAAAGGUCAUUGAAGAAUCACCCAGCCCGUUUGUGGAGACGCGGCCAGAGUUGAGAGAAAAACUUGUCCGAGUCUCCCAACAGCUUGCCAGCAGUAUCAAGUACAAAUCUGCAGGAACAAUCGAGUAUCUCGUCGACGAUAAAACCGGGGAAUUCUUCUUCUUGGAAAUGAACACUCGUUUGCAAGUUGAGCACGGAAUCACGGAGCUACGAUUCGGCAUCGACUUGGUCGCGCUCAUGUUAAAGCAGGCGGAGCAGCCAUUGAACCUCGAUUCUCUCAAAUUGUUGAAACCAUCAGGCGCAGCUAUAGAAGCUAGAAUCUACGCGGAAAAUCCCUUCAAGAACCAUCUUCCCUGUCCAGGCCAGCUGCAGCUGGCAGAGUUUGGAAGCGGCCCAGGCAUCCGUGUCGACACCUGGGUGCAGACGGGAACCAGCGUAUCUCUCGCAUUUGACCCAUUGCUAGCCAAAGUCAUGGCUCACUCUGAGAAUCGAAAUUCUGCCAUUUCCAAGGUACUUGAAGCCCUAUACAACACGAAGCUGCUAGGACUCGUGACAAACACGGACUAUCUGCGGCGCAUUUUCGAAGCUGAGUGGUUCAGGGAUGGAAAGACAACAACCAACGUACUGGAUAGCUUCGAAUACACGCCCCGAGCUAUGGAAGUCGUCUCUCCCGGUUCAUCAACUACGGUUCAGGACUUUCCGGGAAGAGUGGGAGUAGGGUUCGGCAUCCCCGAGGGAGGCCCUGCGGAUGCCCUGCACGCCCGACUAGCGAAUUGUGUGGCAGGCAACGAUCCUGGCUGCGAACUACUCGAAAUCACAUUCGCCGGUCCCACCAUCAAAUUCCAUGAACGAGCCAUUAUUGCAUUGGCUGGUGGUAUUGUCGAGGUGCAUCUUGACAAUCACCCCGUCAAGAUGUACUCGCGUAUCGAGGUGCCUGCCGGCUCUGUCGUGGCUAUUGGCCGCCUUUCGCAAGGGUGUCGCACCUAUCUUGCAGUCCGGGGCGGCUUUCCUGGUAUCCCUCAGUACCUUGGAUCCAAGUCAACAAGCCCCAUUAUUGAAGUCGGAGGGCAUCAAGGCCGUCAAUUGGUAGCGGGAGACAUGCUGGAUCUAAGCGAGCCCGUGGAAUUUGCCCCCUUUGACUUGCCGACUUCAUUGAUUCCAGUGUUGGACUUGACGACAAUCUAUUGCCUAUCCGGUCCACAUGAUUCUCCUGACAUCAUGACUACUUCGGAUGUCGAGGCAAUCUACUCAUCUGAGUGGUCUGUCUCUCACCAGGUCUCCCGCACCGGAGUCCGUCUCGAUGGUCCAAGACCUCAAUGGGCAAGGAAGACUGGAGGCGAGGGCGGCUCUCAUCCGAGCAACUACUUGGAUUAUCCUUAUUCUUUGGGGGCUCUCAACUGGACAGGCGACUCCGCAGUCAUCUUUCCGGCCGACGCCCCGUCUUUGGGCGGCUUCAUCACGUCGCAUGUUAUUCCACGUGCUGACUUGUACAAGAUUGGUCAACUGAAACCGGGCGAUAAAUUUCGCUUUGCUCCAAUUACGCUGCAGUCCGCAAUGACCCUGCGCCAGGGGCAGGAGGCAUAUAUCCGGUAUGUGAAAUGCCUUGCAGCUGGAGGCUCACCAUCAGAAACUCCGGUCAGGCUUCAGCUUCAAGCAGAAUGUAUCAAAUCAAGCACCGCGUCCACUGCAAUUAUUGGUACCCACAAAGACGUCACAAUUCGACAGGCUGGCGAUUCAUACAUACUCGUCGAAUUCCUGCAGUCAUUGCAGCUUGAAGUCCGCUGCAAAGUGCAGGCAGUGACCGAGGCAAUCAACGAUUCUACGAUAAACGGAGUACAGAUUGUGACACCUAUCGGAUGCAGUUUGUUGGUCCAGUACGACGGAUUUAUCAUCUCUCAAACACGGCUAGUCCAAGAACUAUAUCGCAUACUGAAGAAAUGUGAUGAAUCCUCAGCCCUUUCAAACAGACUAUCCAGCCGACACAUAAGAUUGCCCAUGGUCUUUGAUGACAAAGUCAACAGGGCUUCAGUCGAGCGAUAUAUGCACACACAGCGGCCGACUGCCUCAUAUCUUCCCGAUCCCAUCGAAUUUAUUGCUCGCUCAAAUGGUCUCAAAAAUAAGCAACAAGUGCUAGACAAAGUGCUCAGCACCAGAAUCUUGGUCGUGGGUGUGGGAUUCUGGAGCGGCACGCCCAUUGGAUUUCCGGUGGAUCCUCGCUGUCGCCUGAUGGUCCCUAAAUUCAAUCCAUCAAGGACAUUUUCGCCUGCUGGGGGGCUUGGAAUUGGCGGCUGCUUCUUUUGCUGCGAUCCGACUGACGCUCCUGGGGGUUAUGUCAACUUUGGCCGCACGCUCCCCGGUUGGGACAAAUUCUGCGUCAAUAAAAGCUUCGGUGAUCGACCAUGGCUGUUUGACAACUUUGACCAGCUGAGCUUCUACGUGGUGGACGAGGACGAGUUUGAAGGCAUAUACAGCCGCUUUCAGGCUGGCAAGUAUCAGUUUGACAUUACUCGGACAGAGUUUGAUGUGGAAGAGUACACUAGAUUUUGCAAAAGUGUUGCCGACGAGACGGCCGAGUUUCGAGCCCGACAAGAAGAAGCGACCGCAGUGGAAACAGCAAAGGAGAAGCAGAUAUUUGACCAGUGGCAAAGCGAGCAAAAGGUUGAACGGGACCGUGUUCCGUCCCUGGAGGAUAUUGAUGAUGCACUAAAGAUCGAAGCCACGAUGCACGCUAGCGUAUACAAAAUCAAGGUACAAAAAGGCGAAACGAUCAGAGAAGGCGACGUGUUGGUCAUACUCGAGGCAAUGAAAAUGGAAAUCAACAUUAGGGUGUCGGCCGCCCAGGCUGGCUUGAUCGUGGAGAGCGUCAUUGUGGCGCCUUGCGAUAUUGUGAAGCCUGGCGAUGUGGUCAUUGUGCUAUCACGACCGGUUGAGACAGAACCCAGAUAG